AUGGCCACUACGAGAGAAGCUCAGAAUCUACAGAGCUCGGUAUGGGAUGGAUCAUUACCUAUAGAGAUCCGUCUAUCACCUUCGGAAUGUCGAGUCUACGAUCAAGCCGAUCCUUAUCUCGUCCAAUACCCCCGGCUCUCUUACCUACCUUUCCUUCUCCACCGUCUCCACGCUUUCUUCAUCCCGUCACUUAUAAACACUGAUGUGAUAUCCUACGAUGGUUGGUUCUCUUUUGAAGAAGUCCCUCUGAAAUGGCAGUAUCCGCUUGGGCUGCUCUACGAUUUAUUCUCCGGGGCUUCUCCGUCACAAGCAUCUGGUCUGGAUAUUGCUCACCGUUCGCCCUCGGAUAGUACAGAUGAACAGUUGCCAUGGCGGCUGACGCUACACUUCACAGAUUGGCCGGAGCAGUCGUUGGUACGUCCUGAUGCUGAAGGGAAGAUGCUGCACGAUGCGUUUAUCAACAGUGUGAAAGAGGCGGACUUUCUCAGGAAUGGCACGGCCAAGGGAAUCAUGUCAUUGUCAAAAGACGAUUCGACAAAGCUGUGGAACGCUGUCCAAGAACAUGACUUUGACGGGUACAACACAAUCUCCAAACGACUCCUUUAUGCUCAGGGCGCUCCACUUCGCCAUAUACCUCUGAAAAUCUAUCUACCUUCCUCGCCUACGGCCGCUGAGCCGGCAUCUGGCCAUCUGCGCGUCGUACAGUCGCUCGUCACGCCUAGCUUAUCCAACUCACGAGAAAAACAGACCCUAGGCACAGCUCUGCAUGCGUUGUUGCCAACGUUAUUUCCUAGCCGAAGGACGCCGAUCCUCGCCGAAGCUGUGCUUCACGGAGCAGUGGUGCCCAUGGGGGCGUCGGUGGAGGAAUUGAUGAGGAUCGCAGCAUACUUGGAUGGUUGGAUACAUUUGGGUGUCGUGAUGAUAGGCUAG